GCGUGCAUUACACACUCGAGCUCAGUCACGUUCGGUCGCAUUUAGACAUCGCAAUCGCGCUUAGCAACAAACUAUCACUAUCUCGUCGCGCGCGGGCUACUCAUACGAAUAAAUACCUACAACAAUACACUAUUCGCGACAGUUUGAUUAAACAUCGCAAACUAACGUGUUUCGCGCUUGUUUUGUUUCCGUGUUCGGAUUGCUCACCUGCGCGAAAGCGUUCAUUCUUGAGACGUAGUUCAUCCUCUUGUGUGACAGUGUUUACGCGCGCAUCUCGAUGCAACGUUCCCAUGGUUGACAACGUUAAUAGCAUGCCGUUCAUUUAUCGCUACACCUGGAAUCGGGAAAUCGUUUUCAAUUCACAGAAACUUGUGAAGAGACGCUGAGUCCACGCUGCGAACACGACCACGACAAGCAGAUUGUUAUUUUGUGCACCAAAAAACCGCCGAACACAAAUCAAAUUGCCAUUAACUUUAAACUAGGAGUACGACUAUAUUAAGUUAGCGUUUUAACGAUUUUCCCGCUUUCUGGGUCUGUUUGUGAUAAAUUUGAACGGCGGGAUAGGAAGUAACAUGAUGGAGUACGGAAAUUAUGUCGAUAUUUUAAACCAGCCGGUAUGGAUGGACUCAAAGCUCUAUCCUUUGGAGAGCCAGGCGCAGUUCGGGCAGCUAACCACCAUCUCUCAGCUGCCGAACGGCGCCUACGAGGUGGUGUCUAAUGGGGCAUUCACUCCGCCGCAAACACCACCCUAUGAACACCAACAAUACCAGAAUGUUGCCGUUGGCUAUGAAAUGCCGCCCUCCGCGCCUGUCGCAACUCAACAUCAAGAUCUUAGCGACUACUCUGAGAACGAUCUCGUCAUUCCAAUGGAGCUGCCCGUCUUCUCCACCUCUCAGACGGACGUUGCUCGUGAGCUGGCUGUGGUCGAUGAAUUGGUGCGCUGCCGUGCCAAUAGCUUCGCUUCAUCGUCGCCGUCUCCCUCUUCGCCCUCGUCGACAUCCUGGGCGUCUUCUGCAUCGAGUAGCCAUAGCAGCGCUAACAGUUCAUGCGGGGAAUCUUCUCUGGAGGAUUUUGAAUGGUCGCCUGCUAAUCCCCAGGUGAAGAAGACCGCACAACGCGGUCGGAAGCGUUCCAAACCAUAUGCGCCCGCUGAUCAGAUCGAUAAACGGUCUCGCAAGAAGGAACAGAACAAGAACGCCGCCACUCGCUACCGUAUGAAGAAGAAGGCCGAGGUCGCUGAGAUACAGUCCGAGGAGAACGAGCUGGAGCAGGUGAAGAUCGCGCAUGAAGCGAAGAUUGUCGACCUGCAGCGUGAGAUCAAGCUGAUGAAGGGCCUCAUGUUGGAGUUCUUCAAGAAGCAAGGACUUGUUCAGUAAACAGCUAGAAAGAAAUUCAAACGGAUCAAACAAUUGAAGUUAUUUUACUUUGUAAAAUGAAUCUGUGGUUUAAUCCGUUGAAUUCAUUAUUGGCUUAGCUUUUAAUUAUCCGUCGUUCAAUUUGUAACUUGUUAGGCUUAAGAAUUAAAGAGUAAAUGCGCAUUGUUUAAACCAUUGUACAACUUCAUUGCACAGCGUUGUAACCUUAGAUUGUAAACAUUACACCAACUUUUCAAGUGUUUUCAUUACUAACACCUAUCUUAACAUUACGUUUUCUAUUACACACGUUCAGAAACAAUUACUAACAUGGUGCAUAAAAUACAUUUUUUUUAGUAAAUUUUAAAAUUCACACAAAAAAAGUUCAAACAAUAUUCUAAACGCGCAAGUGAUGUAAUAUGUUAAAUUUAUUUGAUAUAUUUGCUAUACUACAGUUUAAUUAGAAUAUUUGUUGCAAA